AUGGAAAGUGGCAACAAAAUUGAUGAAUUUUUUGAGUUUGGUACAAAUGAAGGAUCGAAUUCCAGAAUAUCAACAGGAAAUUUGGCAACACAUAAUCAUCUUCAUUUUGAUAACUUUGAAUAUCCAUCACAACUGGAUAGACAACUGGAGCUUUUCCCCCAGUGGCGUUUUCCUGUCAAAUUAGCUGGGGGCAUGUCCAUAGUUGUUUUCAUUUACACUUUGCUCAGGGACAUCAUUCACCCCUAUUUGACUGAAAGCAAAAAUGUAUUUUAUAAAAUUCCAAUUCUGGUCAUGAACAAAGUUCUGCCAGUUGUUGCCAUCAUACUUUUGGCUUCGGUUUAUUUACCAGGAAUUUUGGCAGCCAUUUUCCAGCUUUAUUUUGGCACUAAGUAUAGACAGUUUCCUCAAUGGUUAGCUCGCUGGAUGUUAGUACGGAAACAGCUUGGACUCCUCAGCUUCUUUUAUGCUGUUCUACAUGCAUUCUUCAGUCUGUGCUAUCCUAUGAGAAGAUCGUAUAGGUAUAAAUUACUGAACUGGGCUUAUCAGCAGGUGAAAGAAAACAAGGAAAAUGCCUGGAUUGAAGAUGACGUCUGGAGAAUGGAAAUUUAUGUUUCCUUAGGAAUUUUGGGUCUCGCAAUUCUUGCCAUAUUGGCUGUGACUUCAGUUCCUUCUGUCAAUAAUACAUUGAAUUGGAGAGAAUUCCAAUGUAUACAGUCAAAGAUGGGAUAUUGCGCAUUAUUCCUAUGUACUCUUCAUGCGCUGGUGUAUGCUUGGAGAAAAUGGGUGGAGCUCAAGUACUUCGUCUGGUAUACACCACCAACAUUUAUAAUUGCAGUUUUUAUGCCUAUUACAGUUUUGCUAUGCAAAACAAUAUUUCUGUUCCCAUGUCUUGCAAAAAGAUUGAGUAGAAUUCGAAGAGGAUGGGAAUGGAAGUCAAAAUAUAAAAUGGAUCCCUCCCUUAGUACUGAUGCCUUGGAAGAUGAGCUGACAGCUAAAAUAUCAAUGCAUGAAGUGGGUGAUCAACAAUGACCCUAGAGUGCAAAUGAAUAGAACUUGCAAUUGAAUAUUAUGAUUCAUAUAUGUGGAAAAGCAUGUUGCCUCUGUGUGCUGCACCCUUUAUUCUGGAUAUCUUUCCUUUUUAUUAAGUGUUUCUCAUUGAGUUGUUUAAAUAUGUAACAUAUAUACCAGUGUACUAAUACAUUAUUUAAUACAUAAAUAUACUGGCAUAUCGUGAUAAAACAUCACUACAAGGCAAGGUUACUUCAUAUUCCCUACAACUUGUGCAGUAACCAAGUAUUAUUUUAAAAUUUUUAGUAGUCAGCAUGCAAGCUGAUUACUGAAAUGUAAAAAUAAAAAUAAAGCUUUUUAACUAUUCAAUAUUAAAGCCUGACAUCAUGUUAAUUAUUAUUUUUGAUCAUGAAAUUCUGCAAUUAUUUCCAAUAGAGAAACCAAAAACUAAAUGGUUAAUAGAAGACUUUAGUCUUUGCACUUAUUCUCCCAAAAUCAGGAACUGGGCGACUCCAGUAUUGAGGAAUAUUGUUAUUUUAAAUGUUUCCUUGAUUUACUUCCUAAUAUUAUCAA